AUGGAGAAAUCUUCUCUCCCGUCUGAUCAGCUUCUACAUCUACAGCGCUCCGGAUCACCAUAUGGCCAAUUUCCACACCCCGACGACCCGUUCCGCUUCAUUCCUUGCACGAGCACGACCCUGCCACCCGCCCUCGACGAUUCCGACCCGGAAAAAAGCUGGGCGAGCCUGUUCGAUCCGAAUCCCGACCAUUGGAAUUGGGGGAAUGCGACGGGAGAGCAGAGCACGCAAGAUGAUGAUCCGUAUGCUGGUCGGGGGAUCUAUUUGUGCGGUUACCUCGACGUUCCCCUGGACUACAUCAACGAAUCUGAGCCUCGCAUUGUUCGGCUUGCCGUGACAAAGUAUCAAGUUUCUGGCCUUGCUCAAGUCGAUACCGCCCAUUUUAACGCGUAUGUAAACCCAUCCGCGGGACGCAAGAGCGAGCGCACGAUCGUCAUCGAGCCAGGCGGGCCGGGUGGCAGCGGCACUUCGUAUGCCUGGAGAGCUGCACAGGAUAUCACGAAACGGCUUAGCGAUGGCAAGUUCGAUGUAUUGGGCUGGGAUCCGCGUGGCGUUAACACGACUUCACCUUCCAUCGCUUGCUUUCCUUACAAUGCCGACCGGGACCGCUGGGCCAUGUUGACGGGGCAAUACCGCGAAGUGUCUGGCUCUCCCGAGGCCCAGCUUGAGCUCGCAGAUGCUAUGAACAAUGCUACAUUCCGCGCUUGUUGGGAGAAGCACGGCGACCUCGCGCGGUUUGUCAGCACGGCCUCCGUCGCUCGCGACAUGGAAGAGAUCCGUAAAGCCCUCGGCGAAGAUGAAUUGACGGGCUACCUCGUUAGUUACGGCACGGGAAUUGGUCAAACAUGGGCCAACAUGUUUCCGGAUAGCGUGGGCCGCGUGAUCCUCGACGGAACUGAAUAUGUACGAGAUCACCGUCUCCUUGGCGGAUUUGGGUGGACUGCGUUAGAUAAUGCGACCGACGCCUGGCGUGACGGUUUUCUAGGCGAAUGUCUAAAAGCUGGUUCGAAAUAUUGCGCCCUAUCGCAACCGAGAGACUCCGAAACCGUUACCUUGCAGGACUUGGAAAUUCGAAUGAAGAAAUUGGUGGUUUCGAUCAGCCAACGACCCGUCGCGGGUUAUAUCGAAUCAAGCGGACCGUCGAUCAUCACGUACUCUGCCUUAGUUUCCGCUAUCUACGGUGCAAUGUACAAUGCGGAUAGUUGGCCUGCUCUUGCUCAGAUGCUCUACGAGCUAGAAGCAGGAAACUCAACUUUAGCGACGGCAUUUCUUGAUCAUUCCGAAUGGGAGUACGAUCCUACGCUUCCAUCUCCGCCUUCCCCCAAGCCUUCGACCGAUGAACUCGGUUCUUUGGUCGUCUGCGCGGAUUCCUAUGACGCGCCUUUGCCUCCAGACGGCCUCGUCUGGUGGCAAUCUUUAUGGGCUAAUAUGACCACUCAAGCUUGGAUUUCUGGCAACUCGCGUUUCUUCAACGUAUUCCCUUGCCGGCACUUUAAUACCUAUUGGCCUCAACCUGCAGAAGUCUAUAGAGGGGACCUAAACCACACGCUUAAAAGCCCAGUUCUAUUGAUUGCGGAGACGUACGAUCCUGCGACUCCUUUACGUAACGGAAGAAGGCUUCUUAAUGAAAUGGGUAAGAAUGCGAGGUUAAUCGUACAUCACGGCUACGGGCAUUCGUCGAGAGACAAGUCUACUUGCACGGAUACUAUCGCAAAAGCAUUUAUCUUGAAUGGUACUGUGCCCGAAGAACAGGAAACACCUUGUUUCGCAGAUGAGAAACCGUACCUCUAUGGCGUCAACUCGACAAGUGUCGAUGUUCAGACCGCCGCGGCUAAGGAUCCAAUCCAAGUAUGGCGCGAACACAUUCAGGAAUUAGCCUCUUGGGACCCUAAAUUGCUUCCCAGGAGGUAA